CACAGGCUUUCUCAUCGUACAUGUCAGAUAAGUUUUUUAAAACUUUGCCACUCCAUAUUUCUAGGUCUUUUUUACUUAAUUUGUCACGCACCAUCUGAGCAACCAUGAAUUACUUGUUGAAUGGAAACAUGAACAUGAACAUGAACAAGAACAAGAACAAGGUUGUCUUCAUCAUUGGGGCCACUGGGACGGGAAAGUCUAGACUUUCCAUUGACAUUGCUACCCGUAUCCCAUCGGAGAUUAUAAAUGCCGACAAAAUUCAGGUGCACAAAGGACUCGACAUCAUAACGAACAAAAUUUCAGAGACCGAGAAGAAAGGUGUGCCACACCAUUUGCUCGGGACAAUCGAGCCUGACUCCGAUUUCACGGCUGCUGACUUCUGUAAUCAGGUAGUUGCAGCUGUGGAAGAGAUUUUGAGGUCGGGAAAGGUUCCGAUAAUUGUAGGUGGAUCGAACUCCUACAUCGAAGCGCUCGUGGAGGAGCAUUUCCUAAAGUUCAAGUCUAUUUACGAUUGUUGCUUCAUAUGGCUUGAUGUUUCAUUACCUGUAUCGUUCUCUUUUGUGUACAAAAGGGUCGAUCAAAUGGUCGACGCAGGACUUAUUGACGAGGUACGAGGAAUGUAUGUGCCUAAAGCUGACUAUUCGAAAGGCAUCCGUCGUGCAAUUGGUGUCCCGGAAUUAGACAAGUAUUUUGAAAAUGAGAAAGAAAUGGAUGAGACGAGCAAGAAGGUUGUUCUUGAAAAUGCCAUCGAAGAAAUCAAGAGGAACACGUGCAAACUAGUUUUUCGUCAACUUGAGAAGAUAGAACGGCUUAAAAACCAGCUUAAUUGGAAAAUUCACCGCAUUGAUGCUACGUGGGUUUUUAAGAUAUAUGUAAAGGAGGAAGACAACAGUGCUCGUUGUCAGGAGUUCGACGAUGCAUGGAUGGAGUUGGUGCUCAAAACUUGCUUUGGUAUUUUAAUUGAUUUUCUAAAAGAAGAUCUGCAAGUUGAUAAAGUUGCAGAAUCUAUUAUGGCUCCAAUUCCUUCCGAAGAGUUGAAGGGUGAAAACUAGAGAAAUGGGAGCCUCAUAUUUUCUGUUUUCAUUUGAUCGUUAGUAAUUCAUAGACUCUCAUCAUUAAGAACUGGUUUUUUCGGAUAUUGUUUCUAGGCAAUAUGUUAGAGUGCUUGCAACUCUAAAUGAUAAAUAAAUGUACAUGCAAUAUCGUCUUUAUUCAUUGGCUUGGAAUAAAAUUUCGAGAAUUACAAUUA